AUGAAUUUUUCUCAAAGCAAUGAGGAAUUUUUACCUUGGAAUCACCCAGACAAUGUACUGUCUUACAAGGCAGUGGUUGCUGUAGCAGCUGUUCAUCACACUGUCAUGAAGCCUGUCGUCGUCAGCGUGGCCGUCUCGACCAACAUCGUCAACUGCCAGGUGUUCAGGCGCCAGGGUCUGAGGGACCGCAUGAACCUGUGUCUGUGUGUGCUUUCUCUGGUGGACAUGUUCUACUUGACUUUCUCAAUGGUCUUUACAGCCUCGUACUGGGCCGUGCUAAUCAACCCUGUAGUAGGGGAGGUCAUCUACCAGAACGCACGUUGCUAUCUCAUGGGAGUGAACUACGGCUUGAGAGAAACCUCGACCUGUAUAAAUACAGUGAUCGCCAUGGAGCGAUGUCUGUGUGUCCUGCUCCCGCUACAGGCCAAGACCCUCGUCAGCACUAGAACCAUGGGUAUCCUUCUGGUUGCCAUAGCGAUUUCAAUGCAGUUUUCGUUCAUCACAACCCCCAUCAAGAGCUUUAUAUUUCCUGUUUACGAUGGCGCGUCUAACGAGACUUGGUGGAAGCUCACCCUGGCGGACAGCUGGCAGAAAAGUGCGGUUCUGAGGGUGUAUGACAAGAUCGACGACACAAUCAUGCUUGUCGUCUUUCCCAUCCUCACCUUCAUCCUCGUCUCAGGCGCAACGGCUAUCACGGUGGUCUCCCUUCGAGCCGCCAUCUUGUGGCGACAGAAGACCAGCUCCACCAGUGGCGAGGCGCAGGUCCAGCAGGUGGCGCUCACCAAGAUGCUGGUCGUCGUGUCCUGCUUUUUCAUCGCCGGCAAGGUGCCGAUGAUCUCCGUCACCGUAGCCCGCAUCGUGUACCCGGAGUUCUCGCCCUCUGGUCGUCAGUGUAACCUACACAGGGUGUGUGAGAUGCUGGCUCGCUACAUCCCGUAUAUUUACAGCGCCUGCAACUUCUUUGUUUAUUAUUCGCGAUCUUCGAGGUUCAGGAGUGAGGUCAAGGACAUCUGUAGGCGUGUUAGGAAACCCGUUCACUUAGCACGUGAACAGAACUCUGGUAGAGGUGAUCUGACAGGAAAGACCUUUACACAAAUACCUGACUACCUACCCGUCUACAAAUAA